GAAGUUGAUGUUGAACUUCUUUUUGCUGGAAAUGAGCUAGGGGUCAAUGCUAGAUCUGAGGGCCCUUAACAUCUUCUUCAGAAGAUCUCGACUACAGUAACACACUGAUCUCUCAAGAGCUUUGUCACACUUGCAGCUGGAAACACUUUGUAAAGGUCUUUGGGUCUCCUAUAUUUGACUAUGCUGCAACGACAGUCACCAGAGACUGUGCUUCCCGGUGGUAGCAAUGAAUGUUCCCCUACAGUGAAGGAAGUUCAAGUCGACCUUUGUAGCAGCCCCUUUCACUGCUGUACGAGAUGAGCAUGCUCACCUAGAGCGCUGCAAACAUCCCUAGUCCAGAGGCAGAAAGCAGCAGUGGCAACAUGACGCUGUCCUUUUAACCCUUCACUAUGGGACAACAGUUCAGGCUAAGAUGAUAAUUUCUGUGUCUGAUAGUGAUCAGGAUCAUAGGUAAUUUGCACAACAAUUUUUAUAAGUAGUAACUUUUGAUGAAAUUUUCUCUUUGUCUUUAAAAUAUACUAGGAAAUGGGAAGAAAGGUUUUUGCAUAUAUUUAUUAUUUACCAAUAAUUAUUCACUUUAAAGGCUUUUCAUAAAUGGUGCCAAAGGAUAUAGGGUCACAAAUAUUAGCCUUUGUACUUAUUGUCAUGUUUCCUAUAGUUGUUUUGUGACAAAUUUUGCUUCCCUCUUUAGAAGCUGGUAAGAGACUUACAGGAACAUCACCAUGGUAAGAAUGUGUGCAUUUUACAAUUAAUAGGUAAAAAGUAUAAUGUUCAGAACCUGACAUUCUCUUUGCCUCUGUGUACUCCGAUUUCAGCUUCUUUAUUUCUUCUAUAAUCACAAGCUGAACAAUUAUCUCCCACACAGCAUGAGUUAUGGACAAACAUCCUUAGGAAGGGAGAUGAUUCAGUGGAUAAAGUGCUUGCCAUGAGUCUGUGAGAAUGGAAGUUUGGAUUCUCAGAAUCCACAUGAGGUCUUGAGGAUCUCAUGUGCAUCUGAAUCCUGGGGCACUUAUGGUGAGGCAGGAGGUGGUGAGAGAGAAUCCCCUGAAGUUUACUGGCUAGUUUGCCUGGGUUUCUUAUUCAUGAAGAAGGGAUUGAGCCACAAAACCAAGGUUGGAAGAAUGUUGCAUGCUGUUAUUCUAAAGGCUCCCUGACAAGCCCUCCUUUCUUGUUCCUAGGUGUGUGAAUGUGGAUAAUGUCAGCUCUACCUCCUCUGUGAAGGUAAAAUUCUUCUUUGUGAAUUUAAUUUUCUUAUGAAUUUUGUUACAAUUCAGCAAUAGUGUAACUAUCCCAGUUUUAUAUGGAAAGAUUGCUCAAGGGAGUCCACAUUGUAGAUGUGGAGAUUUCUACAAACUGCAAGUGAGCAGUAAGUCCUUGUGGGUAGUGGUGGCCAAUAAGAGAAUGGACUCAAAAGACAUAGUGAGUGGAAGACUGAGCGCAGUCCUCGUACAAUAGAAGAUGUCUGAUGUUUGACAAGUAUUGUUUGCAGAAAUGAGUACAUGUUCGACUGAUUUUAAAAUGUGACUGUUACUAGACCAUAAUAUUUCUUUUUUAAAAAAUUUUUAUUAGAUAUAUUUCUUUACUUACUUUUCCAAUGUUUUUCCCCUUCCUGGUUUCCGGUCCAUGAGCCCCCAUCCCUUCCCCCUCACCCUCUCCCAUAUCGGUUUUCCUGGGCUGGAGAGAUGGCUCAGUGGUUAAGAGCACUGACUGAAAGAACCAAAAAAAAAAAAAAAAAACCAAAAAAAAAGGAGCACUGAUUGCUCUUCCAGAGGUCUUGAUGAAUCCAAUUCACAGCAACCACAUGUUGACUGACGACCAUCUAUAAUGAGAUAUGAUGAUCUCUCCUGGUGUGUCUGAUGAUAGCUACUGUAUACUUAUAUAUAAUAAGUACUUCUUAGUAAGUCCAGACAUUUCUAUAAUCCAUGAAUCUCCUAAGUGACUUUACCCUCAGGAAAAUGCAUGCAAUUUUUAUCUACCUUUGGACACUGCUAUUUUAGGAUCCUGUAUGAGAGCAUCUCCUUGGUUUCUCUAUUUCAUGUGUAUUUACACUAAGGAGAAAUUGUGGCUAUGUAGCAGUUUGUAAUAUGUUCAUCAAGUUUGUCUUAUGAGAAUAGAGCAUUUUCUAUUUGAUUCUAUGAGGGUAUGUUGAAAGCUCUUCAUCUAGAAAAACAACAAGUGUUUUUCCCAAUUAUCCAGCAUUUUUAGAUGCAGGGAGUCAAUUACUGUAUAUUUCCAUUUAAGUUCUUCUUUAUGGAUUUUAAAAUAAUAUAAACUUAUAUUCUUUGUGCCACAUUCAAACAGUUAAAAUAUUGUAGUGCUUUACUUAGAUAUUUCCAUAUCCAGUCUGAGGCUGCUUUAUCACUGUGAGCUGCUCAAGGUUAAGAAACCUGUUUCUAUAUAACCUAUAGCCCUAUAGUGAGGGGCUGUGUGAAUGAAGAGUGGCAAUUUAAUGAUUUUUGAAUGUGACUCAGUGGACAAUUGUGUUUCUAUAAAGCAGUUUCACCGGUUCUAUGGUAUGGACAGUGCUAGCAAUUAAAUUGCCAUUUAUUUGUAAAUGAAAACUGUGCAUUUUGUGAUUCCCCACAAUGGAAGAGGAAGACUGUUAGAAGGGGCCUCAUUAAUAUUAAUAAUCAUCUUAAACUAGAAGCAGAAUAAUUGACUGAUAAUGAAUUAAGCUUAGUCUCAACAAGAACAAGGUCAAGUUUGUCAGUUAAUGAUUUUCUCUUAAUCUAGGCUAGCAUAAAUAUUUUAACUUCUUGAUGGUAUCCUAUUAAGUUGUAAAUAGGCAUAUAAGAAGAUAUUUUAUAUUUAAUAAUUUUGAUUUUCAUGUGUCAAUAUCCUGUAAUUCCUAAAGAACAUUGUUGAUGUGAAAGCAUGCAUCCUAAAAGAAUAGAGUUAAUUUCAAGACCAAAUAAAAAGUAAACUCUCUUCUCUGCAUUGCAGGGAGAAUCGGGAAGAAAAUUCCAUAUAAUACCUAAGAAGAUCCAAAAUAUUUUUAGAAAAUCUGGAGUUUAUGUGUCUUCUCGGGUAGACCCAAUUCUUGAAGUAUGGGAAGAAAAUACAUCUGCAACAGUAAUCCCCACUGAUGAUGAAAAAUAUAAAACAGAUAAUUUCUAUGCGGUGUCUUCUGAGCAUAGAAAUUCUAUUCCUAAGGCUACUGCUGAUCGUGAAGCUUCCACCUCUACUGCUGACAGCCUGGAUGCUGCCGAGCCUGACCCAACAAAUUCUACAAAUGCUACUGACUGUCUGGCUGCUCUUGAGCGUGAGCUGACUAAUUCCAACAACACUGCUGACUGUCUGGCUGACCUUGAGCCUGAUCCGACGAUUUCUACCAAUGCCGCUGACUUUCAGGCUGCUGUUGCACCAGAGCCAACUAUGUCCACCCACCCUGCUGACUGUCUGCCUGAUGUGGAACCAGAGCCAACUAUGUCCACCCACCCUGCUGACACUCUGGCUGCUCUUGAGCCUGAGCUGACUACUUUCAACAACACUGCUGACUGUCUGGCUGACCUUGAGCCUGAGCCAAACAUGUCCACCCACCCUGCUGACAGUCUGCCUGAUGUGGAACCAGAGCCAACUAUGUCCAAUCACCCUGCAGACACUCUGGCUGCUCUUGAGCCUGAACUGACUAAUUCCAACAACACUGCUGACUGUCUGGCUGACCUUGAGCCUGAUCCGACGAUUUCUACCAAUGCCGCUGACUUUCAGGCUGCUGUUGCACCAGAGCCAACUAUGUCCACCCACCCUGCUGACUGUCUGCCUGAUGUGGAACCAGAGCCAACUAUGUCCACCCACCCUGCUGACACUCUGGCUGCUCUUGAGCCUGAGCUGACUACUUUCAACAACACUGCUGACUGUCUGGCUGACCUUGAGCCUGAGCCAAACAUGUCCACCCACCCUGCUGACAGUCUGCCUGAUGUGGAACCAGAGCCAACUAUGUCCACCCACCCUGCUGACACUCUGGCUGCUCUUGAGCCUGAGCUGACCAAUUUCAACAACACUGCUGACUGUCUGGCUGACCUUGAGCCUGAUCCGACUAUUUCUACCAAUGCCGCUGACUUUCAGGCUGCUGUUGCACCAGAGCCAACUAUGUCCACCCACCCUGCUGACUGUCUGCCUGAUGUGGAACCAGAGCCAACUAUGUCCACCCACCCUGCUGACACUCUGGCUGCUCUUGAGCCUGAGCUGACUAAUUCCAACAACACUGCUGACUGUCUGGCUGACCUUGAGCCUGAUCCGACGAUUUCUACCAAUGCCGCUGACUUUCAGGCUGCUGUUGCACCAGAGCCAACUAUGUCCACCCACCCUGCUGACUGUCUGCCUGAUGUGGAACCAGAGCCAACUAUGUCCACCCACCCUGCUGACACUCUGGCUGCUCUUGAGCCUGAGCUGACUACUUUCAACAACACUGCUGACUGUCUGGCUGACCUUGAGCCUGAGCCAAACAUGUCCACCCACCCUGCUGACAGUCUGCCUGAUGUGGAACCAGAGCCAACUAUGUCCAAUCACCCUGCAGACACUCUGGCUGCUCUUGAGCCUGAACUGACUAAUUCCAACAACACUGCUGACUGUCUGGCUGACCUUGAGCCUGAUCCGACGAUUUCUACCAAUGCCGCUGACUUUCAGGCUGCUGUUGCACCAGAGCCAACUAUGUCCACCCACCCUGCUGACUGUCUGCCUGAUGUGGAACCAGAGCCAACUAUGUCCACCCACCCUGCUGACACUCUGGCUGCUCUUGAGCCUGAGCUGACUACUUUCAACAACACUGCUGACUGUCUGGCUGACCUUGAGCCUGAGCCAAACAUGUCCACCCACCCUGCUGACAGUCUGCCUGAUGUGGAACCAGAGCCAACUAUGUCCACCCACCCUGCUGACACUCUGGCUGCUCUUGAGCCUGAGCUGACCAAUUUCAACAACACUGCUGACUGUCUGGCUGACCUUGAGCCUGAUCCGACUAUUUCUACCAAUGCCGCUGACUUUCAGGCUGCUGUUGCACCAGAGCCAACUAUGUCCACCCACCCUGCUGACUGUCUGCCUGAUGUGGAACCAGAGCCAACUAUGUCCACCCACCCUGCUGACACUCUGGCUGCUCUUGAGCCUGAGCUGACUAAUUCCAACAACACUGCUGACUGUCUGGCUGACCUUGAGCCUGAUCCGACUAUUUCUACCAAUGCCGCUGACUGUCGGGCUGCUGUUGCACCAGAGCCCGCUAUGUCCACCAACCCUGCUGACAGUAUGGCAGCUGUUGAGCCUGAGCCGACUAUGUCCACCCACCCUGCUGACAUUCUGACUGCUGACGAGCCUGAACAUAAUACUUCUACCAAAGCUGCUGACUGUCGGGCUGACCUUGAGCCUGAGCCAAACAUGUCCACCCACCCUGCUGACAGUCUGCCUGAUGUGGAACCAGAGCCAACUAUGUCCACCCACCAUGCUGACACUCUGGCUGCUCUUGAGCCUGAGCUGACCAAUUUCAACAACACUGCUGACUGUCUGGCUGACGUUGAGCCUGAUCCGACUAUUUCUACCAAUGCCGCUGACUUUCAGGCUGCUGUUGCACCAGAGCCAACUAUGUCCACCUACCCUGCUGACUGUCUGCCAGAUGUGGAACCAGAGCCAACUAUGUCCACCCACCCUGCUGACACUCUGGCUGCUCUUGAGCCUGAGCUGACUAAUUCCAACAACACUGCUGACUGUCUGGCUGACCUUGAGCCUGAUCCGACGAUUUCUACCAAUGCCGCUGACUUUCAGGCUGCUGUUGCACCAGAGCCUGCUAUGUCCACCUACCCUGCUGACUGUCUGCCAGAUGUGGAACCAGAGCCAACUAUGUCCACCCACCCUGCUGACACUCUGGCUGCUCUUGAGCCUGAGCUGACUAAUUCCAACAACACUGCUGACUGUCUGGCUGACUUUGAGCCUGAUCCGACGAUUUCUACCAAUGCCGCUGACUUUCAGGCUGCUGUUGCACCAGAGCCUGCUAUGUCCACCAACCCUGCUGACAGUAUGGCAGCUGUUGAGCCUGAGCCGACUAUGUCCACCCACCCUGCUGACAUUCUGACUGCUGAUGAGCCUGAACAUAAUAAUUCUACCAAAGCUGCUGACUGUCUGGCUGACCUUGAGCCUGAGCCAAACAUGUCCACCCACCCUGCUGACAGUCUGCCUGAUGUGGAACCAGAGCCAACUAUGUCCACUCACCCUGCUGACACUCUGGCUGCUCUUGAGCCUGAGCUGACCAAUUUCAACAACACUGCUGACUGUCUGGCUGACCUUGAGCCUGAUCCGACUAUUUCUACCAAUGCCGCUGACUUUCAGGCUGCUGUUGCACCAGAGCCAACUAUGUCCACCCACCCUGCUGACUGUCUGCCUGAUGUGGAACCAGAGCCAACUAUGUCCACCCACCCUGCUGACACUCUGGCUGCUCUUGAGCCUGAGCUGACUAAUUCCAACAACACUGCUGACUGUCUGGCUGACCUUGAGCCUGAUCCGACGAUUUCUACCAAUGCCGCUGACUUUCAGGCUGCUGUUGCACCAGAGCCUGCUAUGUCCACCUACCCUGCUGACUGUCUGCCAGAUGUGGAACCAGAGCCAACUAUGUCCACCCACCCUGCUGACACUCUGGCUGCUCUUGAGCCUGAGCUGACUAAUUCCAACAACACUGCUGACUGUCUGGCUGACCUUGAGCCUGAUCCGACGAUUUCUACCAAUGCCGCUGACUGUCGGGCUGCUGUUGCACCAGAGCCCGCUAUGUCCACCAACCCUGCUGACAGUAUGGCAGCUGUUGAGCCUGAGCCGACUAUGUCCACCCACCCUGCUGACAUUCUGACUGCUGACGAGCCUGAACAUAAUACUUCUACCAAAGCUGCUGACUGUCGGGCUGACCUUGAGCCUGAGCCAAACAUGUCCACCCACCCUGCUGACAGUCUGCCUGACGUGGAACCAGAGCCAACUAUGUCCACCCACCCUGCUGACACUCUGGCUGCUCUUGAGCCUGAGCUGACCAAUUUCAACAACACUGCUGACUGUCUGGCUGACCUUGAGCCUGAUCCGACUAUUUCUACCAAUGCCGCUGACUUUCAGGCUGCUGUUGCACCAGAGCCAACUAUGUCCACCUACCCUGCUGACUGUCUGCCAGAUGUGGAACCAGAGCCAACUAUGUCCACCCACCCUGCUGACACUCUGGCUGCUCUUGAGCCUGAGCUGACUAAUUUCAACAACACUGCUGACUGUCUGGCUGACCUUGAGCCUGAUCCGACUAUUUCUACCAAUGCCGCUGACUGUCGGGCUGCUGUUGCACCAGAGCCCGCUAUGUCCACCAACCCUGCUGACAGUAUGGCAGCUGUUGAGCCUGAGCCGACUAUGUCCACCCACCCUGCUGACAUUCUGACUGCUGACGAGCCUGCACAUAAUACUUCUACCAAAGGUGCUGACUGUCUGGCUGACCUUGAGCCUGAGCCAAACAUGUCCACCCACCCUGCUGACAGUCUGCCUGAUGUGGAACCAGAGCCAACUAUGUCCAAUCACCCUGCUGACACACUGGCUGCUCUUGAGCCUGAGUCGACUAAAUCCUCCAAUGCUGCUGACUGUCUGGCCUAUGUUGAGCCAGAGCCAGCUAUGUCCACCCACCAUGCCGACAGUCUGGCUGCUCUUGAGCAUGAGCUGUCUCAUGCCAACAAAGAUGCUGACUGUCUGGCUUCUCUCAAGGCUGAGCUGAUUAAUUCCACCAAUGCUACUGAUUGUCUGGCUUCUGUUGGGACUGAGACAACCAUGUCCACCCAGCCUACUGACAAUUUGGCAGCUGUUGAGCCUGAACAUAAUUCCACCAAUACUGCUGAAGGUAAGGACUCUGUUGAACAAGAGCCAUCUAAGCCCACCUACCGUGCCGACAGCCUGGCUGCUCUUGAGCAUGAGCUGACUAAUUCCAACAACACUGCUGACUGUCUGGCUUCUCAGAAGGCUGAGUCAAUUGAUUCUACCAAUGCUACUGAUUGUUUGGCUUCUGUUGGGACUGAGACAACUAUGUCCACCCACCCGGCUGACAAUAUGGCUACUGAUGAGCAUGAGGCUACACAUUCCACCAAUGCUGCUUACUUUCUGGCGGCUCUUGAGCCCCAGUCGACUAAUUCCUCCAAUGCUGCUGAUAUUCUGGCUUCUGUUGGGUCUGAGACAACCAUGUCUACCCACCUUGCUGAUAUUCCUAUUGCUCAUGAGCCUGACUAUAAUGAUUCUACCAAUGCUGCUGACAGUCUGGACUCCGUUGAGCCAGAGCCAGCUAUGUCCACCCACCGUGCCGACAGUCUGGCUGCUCUUGAGCAUGAGCUGUCUCAUGCCAACAAAGCUGCUGACUGUCUGGCUUCUCUCAAGGCUGAGCCAACCAUGUCCACCCAGCCUGCUGACAGUUCGGCAGCUGUUGAGCCUGAGCCUACAAUUUCCACCAGAGCUGCUGAUUUUCUGGCUACUGUUCUGCCAGAGCUAACUAGGUCAAACCACCCUGCUGACUGUCUGGACUCUGUUCAGCCUGAGUCAUCUAUGUCCACACACCCUGCUGAUAAUAUGGCUACUGAUGAGCUUGAGCCUACAAAUUCGACCAACGCUGCUUACUGUCUGGCUGCUCUUGAGCCUGAGUCGACUAAAUCCUCCAAUGCUGCUGACUGUCUGGCCUAUGUUGAGCCAGAGCCAGGUAUGUCCACCCACCGUGCCGACAGUCUGGCUGCUCUUGAGCAUGAGCUGUCUCAUGCCAACAAAGAUGCUGACUGCCUGCCUUCUCUCAAGACUGAGCUGAUUAAUUCCAUCAAUGCUACUGAUUGUCUGGCUUCUUUUGGGACUGAGACAACCAUGUCCACCCAGCCUACUGACAGUGUGGCAGCUGUUGAGCCUGAACAUAAUAGUUCCACCAAUGCUGCUGAUGGUCUGGGCUCUGUUGAACAAGAGCCAGCUAAUCCCACCCACCGUUCCAACAGUCUGGCUGCUCUUGAGCAUGAGCUGACUAAUUCCAACAACACUGCUGACUGUCUGGCUUCUCAGAAGGCUGAGUCAAUUGAUUCUACCAAUGCUACUGAUUGUUUGGCUUCUGUUGGGACUGAGACAACUAUGUCCACCCACCCUGCUGACAAUAUGGCUAUGGAUGAGCUUGAGCCUACACAUUCCACCAAUGCUGCUUACUUUCUGGCCGCUCUUGAGCCCCAGUCGACUAAUUCCUCCAAUACUGCUGAUAUUCUGGCUUCUGUUGGGUCUGAGACAACCAUGUCUACCCACCUUGCUGAUAUUCCUAUUGCUCAUGAGCCUGACUAUAAUGAUUCUACCAAUGCUGCUGACAGUCUGGACUCCGUUGAGCCAGAGCCAGCUAUGUCCACCCACCAUGCCGACAGUCUGGCUGCUCUUGAGCAUGAGCUGUCUCAUGCCAACAAAGCUGCUGACUGUCUGGCUUCUCUCAAGGCUGAGCCAACCAUGUCCACCCAGCCUGCUGACAGUUCGGCAGCUGUUGAGCCUGAGCCUACAAUUUCCACCAGAGCUGCUGAUUUUCUGGCUACUGUUCUGCCAGAGCUAACUAGGUCAAACCACCCUGCUGACUGUCUGGACUCUGUUCAGCCUGAGUCAUCUAUGUCCACACACCCUGCUGAUAAUAUGGCUACUGAUGAGCUUGAGCCUACAAAUUCGACCAACGCUGCUUACUGUCUGGCUGCUCUUGAGCCUAAGUCGACUAAAUCCUCCAAUUCUGCUGACUGUCUGGCCUAUGUUGAGCCAGAGCCAGGUAUGUCCACCCACCGUGCCGACAGUCUGGCUGCUCUUGAGCAUGAGCUGUCUCAUGUCAACAAAGAUGCUGACUGUCUGGCUUCUCUCAAGGCUGAGCUGAUUAAUUCCAUCAAUGCUACUGAUUGUCUGGCUUCUGUUGGGACUGAGACAACCAUGUCCACCCAGCCUACUGACAGUGUGGCAGCUGUUGAGCCUGAACAUAAUAGUUCCACCAAUGCUGCUGAUGGUCUGGGCUCUGUUGAACAAGAGCCAGCUAAUCCCACCCACCGUUCCAACAGUCUGGCUGCUCUUGAGCAUGAGCUGACUAAUUCCAACAACACUGCUGACUGUCUGGCUUCUCAGAAGGCUGAGUCAAUUGAUUCUACCAAUGCUACUGAUUGUUUGGCUUCUGUUGGGACUGAGACAACUAUGUCCACCCACCCUGCUGACAAUAUGGCUAUGGAUGAGCUUGAGCCUACACAUUCCACCAAUGCUGCUUACUUUCUGGCCGCUCUUGAGCCCCAGUCGACUAAUUCCUCCAAUACUGCUGAUAUUCUGGCUUCUGUUGGGUCUGAGACAACCAUGUCUACCCACCUUGCUGAUAUUCCUAUUGCUCAUGAGCCUGACUAUAAUGAUUCUACCAAUGCUGCUGACAGUCUGGACUCCGUUGAGCCAGAGCCAGCUAUGUCCACCCACCAUGCCGACAGUCUGGCUGCUCUUGAGCAUGAGCUGUCUCAUGCCAACAAAGCUGCUGACUGUCUGGCUUCUCUCAAGGCUGAGCCAACCAUGUCCACCCAGCCUGCUGACAGUUCGGCAGCUGUUGAGCCUGAGCCUACAAUUUCCACCAGAGCUGCUGAUUUUCUGGCUACUGUUCUGCCAGAGCUAACUAGGUCAAACCACCCUGCUGACUGUCUGGACUCUGUUCAGCCUGAGUCAUCUAUGUCCACACACCCUGCUGAUAAUAUGGCUACUGAUGAGCUUGAGCCUACAAAUUCGACCAACGCUGCUUACUGUCUGGCUGCUCUUGAGCCUAAGUCGACUAAAUCCUCCAAUUCUGCUGACUGUCUGGCCUAUGUUGAGCCAGAGCCAGGUAUGUCCACCCACCGUGCCGACAGUCUGGCUGCUCUUGAGCAUGAGCUGUCUCAUGUCAACAAAGAUGCUGACUGUCUGGCUUCUCUCAAGGCUGAGCUGAUUAAUUCCAUCAAUGCUACUGAUUGUCUGGCUUCUGUUGGGACUGAGACAACCAUGUCCACCCAGCCUAUUGACAGUUUGGCAGCUGUUGAGCCUGAACAUAAUUCCACCAAUGCUGCUGACGGUCUGGACUCUGUUGAACAAGAGCCAGCUAAGCCCACCCACCGUGCCGACAGUCUGGCUGCUCUUGAGCAUGAGCUGACUAAUUCCAACAACACUGCUGACUGUCUGGCUUCUCAGAAGGCUGAGUCAAUUGAUUCUACCAAUGCUUCUGAUUGUUUGGCUUCUGUUGGGACUGAGACAACUAUGUCCACCCACCCUGCUGACAAUAUGGCUACUGAUGAGCUUGAGCCUACACAUUCCACCAAUGCUGCUUACUGUCUGGGGGCUCUUGAGCCUGAGUCGACUAAAUCCUCCAGUGCUGCUGACUGCCUGGCCUAUGUUGAGCCAGAGCCAGCUAUGUCCACCCACCGUGCCGACAGUCUGGCUGCUCUUGAGCAUGAGCUGUCUCAUGCCAACAAAGAUGCUGGCUGUCUGGCUUCUCUCAAGGCUGAGCUGAUUAAUUCCACCAAUGCUACUGAUUGUCUGGCUUCUGUUGGGACUGAGACAACCAUGUCCACCCAGCCUGCUGACAGUUUGGCAGCUGUUGAGCCUGAACAUAAUAAUUCUACCAAUGCUGCUGACGGUCUGGACUCUAUUGAACAAGAGCCAGCUAUGCCCACCCCCCGUUCCGACAGUCUGGCUGCUCUUGAGCAUGAGCUGUCUCAUGCCAAUAAAGCUGCUGACUGUCUGGCUUCUCUCAAGGCUGAGCCAACCAUGUCCACCCAGCCUGCUGACACUUUGGCAUCUGUUGAGCCUGAGCCUACUUUUUCCACCAAAGCUGCUGAUUGUCUGGCUACUGUUCAGCCUGAGCUAACUAGGUCAAACCACCCUGCUGACUGUCUGGAUUCCGUUCAGCCUGAGUCAUCUAUGUCCCCACACCCUGCUGACAGUUUGGUAGCUAUUGAGCCUGAACUGACUAAUUCCACCAAAGCUGCUGACUGUCUGGACUCUGCUGAGCCAGAGCCAACUAUGGCCACCCACCAUGCUGACAUUCUGACUGCUGUUGAGCCUGAACAUACUAAUUGCUCCAGUACUGCUGACUGUCUGCCUGCUGUUCAGCCUGAGUCCAGUAUGUCCACCCACCCUGCUGACAGUAUGGCUGCUAUUGAUGCUGAGCCUACAGAUCCUGCCAUUGUUGCUGACUGUCUGGCUGCUCUUGAACCUCGGCUGUCUGUUACAUGUGCUGCUGACAGUAGUGUGUUAGUUGAGAGUCAUGACUCAGGACCAGCUAGUCACAUUGGAUUGGAUUAUGUAGUUGAUUUACCUCUUUACAAGGAGAGUACAAGGUACAAACCCCAUGCUGACCCAGAGCCCACUCCUGGUUCCUGCACUUGUUAUUCCCUUGACUCCAUUCAAAUGACUAACCUGACUCUUUUGAUAUCCCUUAGUGAAGAAGAAAUAUUUGAUUCUGCUACUUCAGAUGAGGAAUCUUCUUUUACUCCUGACGUAGAAGAAGGUCUGCCUGCUACUCAGGGUGCUGAGGAUAUUUUUCAUGCUUCCGCACGAGCUGAACCAAUAAACCACAGCUUGAUCCUUCUCAGGGAGAGUGGAUAUCUUCGGGCAACAGAGAUACCACGCAUACCUUUUUUGCUCUUCAUAUGGCUUAUAUCCUCACUCUUAUCCAUCAUAACAUGGAUGAAAAUCCAAAUUCAACAAGCAUGGCAUGAAGAAAAUGGCCAAGGAGCUCCCACUAAGAAGAGAGUCGGACCAGGUAAGUUAAACUAAAAUAGUAGCUUAAAAUAGAUUAAGAUUGUUUUACUAGAAACCUAGGUCUCUUUUGUUAAUAAAUUUCAUACUUCUAUAGGGCUAUUUACGCAUAACCUAGAACCUGAAAACUUUAUUUUUCUCAAUUUAUAGAAAAUAAUUUUCAUAAUGUAACAAAUCCAGUUUAGAGAAAUACAACUGACCAGGUAAUAUUUUUUCCUACUUGGAUGUUUCCUAUUCUAGAAUGAGGAGAUUAUUGUCACUUCCAGUGAAAACAUGUGUUUCCUGAAUGACUAAGCCGGGAAAACUUCCUGUUAAAUGUUAUUGUCUAUUUAUCGCUGUCAUUCUGAACUCUGACUUCUGAAGUUAGCAUAGCCUUUGACCGCAACAUUCCAAAAGAAGCAACUUCUGAGAUUAAAAAUAACAAGAGAAGCAUCCACCUUCUCACUGUUUCUCUCUACAUUGAUAUGUCUACAUUGAUAUCUACAUGAUAAUGACACUGAUGUUGUUGAUGCUGGGCAUGACAAUAUCACCAGAGAUGUGCCUGAUGAUACUGUUAAUAAUUCUUCUUUUUCUUCUAGUGGCUGCGGCUCCUGAUCCCUAGACCCUUGAUGCUCCUCCAGGAUCGAUUGGAAUAUCAAAACACAGUCUGUGUGGGAGAAUUGAUCAUAUAUAUAAAUUUUAAAAUAAAAUGUUCAGUCUGAUUGUAGACUGAAGUAA